UAUAUGGCCCUGGAUCACUUAAAUAUUUGUUGAUAUGAACAGAUCAUGUGUAUUUGAACUAACCUGCCAUAUUUAAAGCUUAGUGGACAGUUCGCUUGACCGGAAUGACGUUUAUAGAACGGUGUCAUGAUCGGAGCCGUUAAAAGCCUCAAGAGAAAAUAUGACGUGUGUCGGUCGGGAUUUCUAUGGACAUUGCCAGUCAACACCUACUUUCGAAUUCGACCUGAUAAAAUGUAUAUAACCAACCUCUGAGUGAUCACAACAAGGGGAAAAAAACAUCCAACAUGGACGACAUCCCGGAAAGUAUGCGUCAUAGACCACGCCGGCAGUCACAGGUCGUUACAUCCGUCCGGGAGGCAUCGGAAGAUGGCGACUAUAAAAGUCUGAGGGAGGCACGAAAGGUCAAAAGUCAAAUGAAACUUUCAACGAUCGCUGAAUCCAGUUUGAAAGACGACAGUGGUAUUGUUAGCGAAGAUGCUAUCGACCUUGAAGCGUCCAAACCAUUAUUACGUCCAUUUUCACCCCCAGCGGAUGAACGUUAUGAGAAAGUCAGAAUUCAGCUUUUCAAGGUUUUGGAAAACGGGACGCCGUCUGAUGUUACAGAUAUGAUGACAAAGGCCGAGGGUUAUGUCCCUUUGCACCAUGCUGCUAUGUUAGAUCCUUUAAACAAUCAAAAUAUCUUACAUUUUGCACUGAAAUUUAAUAGGAUAGACAUCGUGGAAAUCAUUAUCGAGAAUGGCAGUAAAGAGUUAUUAAAACAACUUUUCACCUUACCGAAAACAACUCGCUCAGCGCUGCAUCAAAUUACGGAACUUAACAAUAUGGAGCUAGCUACGAAAUUUAUGGACAUAUUUCCGACUCCAGAUGAAAAGGUGGAAGUGAUAAAACCUGAAACCAUGAUUGAAAUAGAGGGCCAAAGACCACGAACUUUCUCGGCCUAUCAUCUAGCAGCUUUUAGAGGCUUCACGGCCUUGGUGAAACUCUACUUAGAUUCAGGAAUCCACGUGGAUUCUCUAAACGUGAAAAAAGAUACUGCUUUGCUUUGGGCAGCAAGAUGGGGACACAAUAAAACAGUUGAAUUUCUCAUUGAGAGAAAAGCUGAUGUGAGUUUGGAAAACGACAAAAAAUCGACCGCGUUGUAUUGGGCAGUCCGAUAUCAACUGAUAGAUACUGUGGUGAUAUUGCUGGAGAAAGGCAAAGCCAAUCCAAAUCAGACUAGAUUGUUGGGACUUGUGGCUCCAAUUGUUAUGGCGUCGGCGUUAGGAAACAACGAAAUCGUCAAGGUGUUAAUCGACAAUGGAGCUGACGUCAAUAUUACUAUCAGAGGAGGAGAAACUCCUUUGCAUCACGCGGCAAAGGAGGGACACCUGGAUGUGGUCCAGACAUUGCUGGACAGAAAUGCAGACCUUAUUGCACAGGACGAAAAGGGCGAGCGAUCUCUAACACUGGCAGCACAAAACGGUCACGCAGAUGUUGUGAGAUAUCUUCUUGGAUGUGGUGCUGAUAUGUAUCACAAGAACCACUUUGGGUUUGACUCCUGGUACUACGCAAUGACCCAACACAACGACAUAGUUCUGAGAGCUUUGACCGAACACUAUAAUAAUCUCAGAUCAAACAACAAAAAUGUAAAAUCACCCCUGUGUAUCGCUGCAAGUCUUGGAAAUUGUGCAAUGAUCAAAAUCCUUCUAAAGAUGAGGGUUGAUCCCGAGGAAACAGACGUAGACGGAAAUACAUUUAUCCAUCAUGCUGCGAUAAACAACCAAGGUAAUGUAAUUAAACAUUUUCACAAAAAGGUCAGCAUCGAUGCUCAGAACAACGUUAAGGAAACAGCUAUGCAUAUUGCCUGCAGAAGGGGGAGCCAUGACGCUGUAUUAGAACUGAUGGAGAGAAAGGCGAAAACAAACGUAGGUAACUUGAAAGGGGAAACUGCCCUCCACGUGGCAGCGUCGUCAAAUAAAACAACCCCGGAGAUCGCACGAGCUCUUGUUGAACAUACAAUCAAAUCACACGACUGGGAAAGCGUUAAUGCUACAGACAACGAGGGCAACAACGCACUUCACAUUGCUGGUUUAUCUGCGGAACCAGAUGUCCUAUGGGAAUGGAGAUUUGUCAGAUUCAAAGAUGUUGACAAGGAGGGAAAUACACCCCUUCAUGAGGCAGUGAUUUCAGGGAAACAUGAGGUUUUGGAAACUGCUUUAGAUAUCUACGAGAAUAUGCAGAGAGAUGCUGAUAUUAAUACGCUUAAUAAGAAAUCUGAAAGUGUGCUGCACUUAGCUGCAUCUGCGGGAUUUUCUGAUAGUAUAACCAGGCUGAUAUUUUAUGGAGCAGAUCUGACUUGUGCUGACAAAGACGGUAACACUGUUCUUCACAGACUUGUCAGGGAUAUGGCAGAGAGCAAAAGUGAUUCAAAGGCCAUAGAACGAGUGAUGGAAACAAUUAUCUUCGAUUCUGUUAGAUGGUGGUGUAAUCAUCACGGAAUACUGUACCCAGGAGAGAAUGAAUCCCUUUUUAAGCAGUUACAGCGAAAAGCACUCUUGUCUUUGGUCAAUGAUUACUCAAACAAACAAAAUCUUUCUGUGUUAGGAUACGCGUAUAAGGUUGGCUCACACAAGUUUUUGAAUCGAAUCCUAACCAUGCCAGAUGUAAUGAUGUUUCAGAGGGAUGAAAAUAUCUACUUUGACAUCACCCAUCUUACUCCAACAACCAAUCACAACCUCAGCAAAUGUUGCAACUGUACGUCAGCAAGAGUUCAGCAUUCCAAUUCACAUAUCGAUCUCCUUAUGACGUUGGAGGUCAAAGGACGAGCUUCCCAUGUGCUUGAUAUUCCACCGGUUCGACAGAUCGAAAGAAUGUACACGGCGAUAUGUGCAUGGGCGUACGGAUUUUUCAUGAUUCUGCACAUUCUUUACAUGAGUGUAUUUUCUUACGUCGGUAUAGAAAUCGCUUCAAAAUUCCGUGACCAUGCGAAUGGCACACCCCUCUCAGACACGGAUCCAGUCUUGAUUGCCGCAUACGCCAUUGUUCCUUUAGAACCUGCAAUCGGUCUUUUAUACGUUAUGUUGGACAUUUGUAGAAAUUUGUGUCGUCGCGAACUGCCAAACAUGCGGAUGUUAUUGACACUGAUUUUCGUGAUUAUGUUUGCAAGCCUGGUAUUUUCCUGGAUCAUUUUGAUUUCAAUUCGAAACACCAAUCACGAUUAUGUCUUGUCUGUGUGCUUGUGUUUAGGUUGGAUGCUGUCUAUAUCGUUUACAAGAGGUUUUAAAGGCAUCCACUAUUUUUUCAAAAUGUUAGUGAACAUGAUCAUGAGAGAUGUAUUUCGUUUUCUGAUAUUUUUUUCGUUCGUACUCUUGGCGUUUAGUUUUGCUCUUCAUACCCUCUUUCAGAUUUCUACAUCCAUCGUGAACACUUACACAGAUCCAUUUGAAACUAUAUUUUUAGCCUUUAACAUGAUGAUCGGUAUGGCGGAAUUAUUUGACGGGACAAUUGAAUCAGGGAUGGAAAGCGUUGGACGGACUGCAACAUUUGCAAAAGCAAUAUAUAUUUUAUAUAUUUUGCUCUCGACAAUCAUCUUGCUGAAUUUACUCAUCGCAAUGAUGAAUGACUCCUAUUCAGAUAUCCUUCGGCACCAGAAAGUCACAUGGCGUGUGGAAUCUGUUCAAAUAGGAAUUGGAAUCGAGAAUAUGUUUCCGUGGUUUCCUGGCAUAUUUGGAAGAAUAUAUAUCGAGCGACUGAGGAUCGGUAUCGGAAACAAACAUGGAGACGACGAGGACGAAAGGUGGUAUUUAGUGACCAAUUCAAAGACCCUCGAUGCACACAGACCAGAUGAAACGGAUGAGAAAUCAGCUGGGAGAUUAACAAGCGCUUUGGAGAAGCAGAUGCAGGAAGUUGACGAUCGCAUAAGAAUUGCCGAACAACGUUCUAUAGAGGCAAGUCACAAAUAUGAGGAAAUUUUGACUAUUUUAUCAAAAAUGGAAAAGCGGAUGGAUCAGUAAAACUACAUUAAUUAUACGCGGGAAUGUGUUGGAGUGACGUAGGAAUUGAGCGAUAAUAUCAUAUGAACAAGUCAUGUAAUAUACCAAAAUGUUUGUCUGAACAUGUAGUUUCUUAAAAUUGACAAUAAUUUCCUUUAGAUCUUAAUAGUUUUUCUGUAGAGUGACUUUAUGGUAAGAUGUAACAUGGAAGAAUUUUAAGUCACACAAUUAACUAAUCCUGAAAAGUAACUUUGCUUGUAUGGUCACAAGUAUCUAUAGCACAGGGUAGGAGCAUUUGUUUGACUGGAUUCGACUCUGAAACCUUGAAAUGCUAAUGGCGGCUAAGAAUAAUAUUACAAAAACAUGGCAUAAAGAGAGGCAUUUCAAUCAAUAAAAAUGCCCCCUAUAUCAUACUUCUAGGAAUCUGAUCACAGUAAAAGAUAAGAUUGUCAAACUGGCGAGUUUGAGGCCUUUUUCAGAAAUAUGCAUAUUUUACCCCAAACUCAAUAUACAUGUAGUUUCUAAUACGAGCAUUUUUUAUGUUUGAAAUACCUCUUUGUAUGCCAUUUUUGUGUUAAAUAUUUCUUAACCGCCAUUUGCAUUUCAAGGUCAAGAAAAAAAGUGUUUAUACAUCUUAUAAAGACAAAUAUGAUCAAACCAAUGCUUCUAUUUUGUGUUUUAGACACCUGUGAGCAAAACAAUAUGGCUGUUUUGUGCCAUAUAUGUGAUACAAUAGCGCUAAUUAUC